AUGGAACCACCCGAGAUACCCAAGUCGACAAAGCCAUCGACAAGGCCGUCGACAAAGCAAUCAUUGCCGCGUCUCAAGACAGAUAUCCCCUGUGAGGAGGAUGCCCGUACUUCAGUAUUUUCCCGGACUUCAUCUCCGGAUCUGGAAAUCAAGCCUGAGAGACCUGCUAGGGCCCCGACUCUGUUCUCAAAUGAGAAUCUCGCCCCUAGCAUUCGGUAUGGACCAAGCAAGAAUGCCCACAUUUUGGAGAGGAGUAUUGAAGAGGUGUUCAUGCGCAAAAAACCCGAAGCCAAGUCGACCUACUAUGAGGAAGCGUUCUCCAGUCGCGGCUCGCAUAAUUCACCCAGAGAGCGCAUCAUUCAGGACUCGGUCGUGGUCGCGGAGCUCACAACCAGUGCCAAGGUCUCCAAUCCUGCAGUUUUGAUGAUGGAUCUUUCUCGACACCUUGCUCUGAUUUACCAGCGCCCGGAGGCCGCGAUCUGCCUGACAAUCCACCCAGAAGCCCCUCUGUCAUUUGGCAACAUUUCACUUCCGGCCUACAAGCUCAAGAUAUACGCCCUGCCUUCCGUCAUCGCACCCACCAUCAAUAUACGCAGCACAACCAUGCUAACCGAGGAGUUGCAAGAGUUACUUGGCAUUGUCCCCGAUCUCGGAGUGAUUCUUUUCAUUCCGGUACCUCAAGACAACUUGGCGAUGAACGGAGCAAUUGUCGGAAGUGAGUUAUCCAAGGUGGAGCAGGAAGACAACCCUGGCUUUAUGAAAACGCUUGGCCAAUCGAUUUCGCGACGACACUUCAAAUCGAGUAGUGGCGGGACUAGCGGCCCUCUUUCCCCUCUCGCUAGCUCUCUCAAAUCUCCGACCGUUGCCCAACCCCCUCACAGUGCGCCCGUUGAUGAUGAUAUAGCUGUCGUCGAGCGACGACGUCAACUUGGAAUGAAGAAGUCCGUAUCGAAUUUCAUGCGCCGUGGUCUGGGACGUGCUUCGAAAGAGCAAGACGAGCAACAUGGUCUUGACAAGGUGGAAAAGAAGGAGGCUGCGAAACCCAAAAAGGAUGACAGAGUUCUUCGAUUUGAAGACGAACUGUAG